AUGUCGAGAGCAACAGUAUCUUUACAAGGGUUGGAGGACCCGCCACUACAGGAGCCGGACGAAAUUGAUUCGGAAGAGCUCGUCACACUUCCAAGUCCGAGAGAGGCAGAUGACGAUGAGCAAGUAGAAGAACAACAGCACCCACCGAAUCCGAAAAAUACAACUAGUCGUCGUGUAGCAGGAGGACCUGCACGGUUUUCCGACUACACUGCACCACCGCCGGCUUCUGUGGCUCUAGACACCGUACUUGGAGGAGACACGAUGAACGACGACGAGGUGGAAGAUGCUCCAGAGGAUGCUAUGAAUCCAGUCUACGAAAUCGAUGCAGACGAUGUGGAGACAGUUGAGGAGACGGAACAGGAAUUUGUAGAGAAUCUUGUAGAGGAAGAUCCAGCUGCAGUAGAGAACCUUGUAGAACAAGAUCAUGCAGAUUCUCAUGUUGUAGAACAAGGUGGAGGACCCCAACAAGAAGAUGCUCAGCCAACUACAACAUCUUCGUCUUCCAAAUUAGAUCUUCAUCGAGCUGCGCCAGCAGCAAGUUUUACUCCUGCAGCUGCCGCGCCUGUGAUCUCUCCUCAAUCGUCUGAAGGUACAGCUGCCUCACCUGCAGACAUGAACAGCUUUUGGUCGGAGCGCGAAAAAAACAUCAGAGGUAUCGACGUCCCCACAGUCGCUAAGAAUCCUACAUUGCGAGCCCUAUUGCAAGAGCGACAGGAGAAGAAGCAUGAAGCUGCUCAGACGAGCAAAAAAGCAGACGAGUUGUCUACUUCUGAUGCGACUUUAUCUUCAUCAGCUAUUAAAAAAACGGCACCCAGCAAGUUGGAGCAGGAGCCGGCUAUAGAUGCACGAGGUCAAGGACCUGCUCCACAUGAUGUUGGUACUACAACACUACGAGGUAUGUUGCAAGAACAAGAAGAGGAAGCAGAGUCCCUUGGUACUACAGAACCAACAGGACAUCAUGGUGAGGAGAAUCUACUUGCAGCAGUAAUGGAGCAUAUGCAGAGGGAGAAGGGUGAAGACGAUUAUAAUGUACCUUCUGGCGCGACUAGUAAUACAAAUACACAGAAAUCUGAGAUAAUGAACGUUCCCGCACCAGCAAAGGCCUCGCCACUUUC